GCCCUCCAAAAGCUGCCUAGGCACCUGUCACCACUUAGCAGCCUCAUCACCACUAAACACCAACAGAACAAUCGGUUCAGUGAAUCGCUGCUUCAUGUAAAGCCUCGAUAUUCCACUCUGCUAGUGGCUCUUUGUACGCAAUGGGCCAGACACUCUCAGAGGAGCUGCCCCAUAGCAAGUCGCGGGAGCAGAUGAUGCUGGAGCUGUCUGCGCGCUUCAAAGAUAAAUGCUUUACACCGAUAGAGCUCUACUCACUUCAGGACGUCUUCAAAAGCCUGGCCGACCAUCAAGGCUCUGUCCAGUACAUCAAGGAAGAUACGGUGGCUCGUUUUCUUGAGAUACCCGAUGUUCUUGGCUCAUCACAGGUUUUAUUUCAGAUGAUGUCGUAUCUGGGCGCUUUCCCAUUUCUACAGGAAGCCCCUGUCAUCUUGGAGCUUUCGUAUCUGGUGACCGUCAUUGUUAUUAUGACCGAGCGAUAUAAGCGUGUCCUCGCUGGUGGUUCGAGCGAUCGCACAAAGCUACUCUUUAAGAGCCUUGCUGUCUAUGAUCGAAAACUCCCAGGAGCACCGCCGCCAAUCCAGCGCGAUGAACUCAAAGCGCUCUACAGCGAGAGAACGGCAGGCUUUGCCGUCGACGAACCCCAGGAAGAGCCUGACCCUGAUGCAGACGAAGAGGAUGAUGACGACUUGGUUCUGACUGCAUUUGAACUUUUGGAUAUUAAGGAUGCAGUAAGGCAGGGCGAGAUCCCCGAAUCCCACGGAGCUAUGAUACCCACGGACAACUUUCGCAAACUUAUUAUGCUACUUCUGCUGGCAGCUCCGCUCAGCCCUCAGGAAAGUCUCUCGCAAUUCAGACACCGCGUUGAAGAUGAUGAGCUGGAAAGCCUCAGAGCUGUUGCCGAAUGCAUUCUCGCAUCCUAUGUCGACGUCGAAAAGGCACCGGGUGUCCGGCUUGCUCAGUUCAAGGCCAUCACCCUGUCCGUACUGCCAAACCUCUUUGCCGGAUUCAACAACUUGUUUGAACACUUCUUAUUUUCGAAAAAUUUGGAUCUAUCGAAAAAGCUAAAGCCGGAUGAACAGGAUGCACCCAAGGUGGCACAGCCCCUCGUACCGUAUAAUGGUGAAAUUUUGACUGGACACGUAUUAUCUCAAAUCUCUACAUUCCUACCAGGGUCCUCUCUCUUUAGACGAGUUCGCCCACUGUAUUCAGGCAGCGAAGCGGGAUUCUCGAUGGGAAGCUUUGAGACAAAAGUGUUCAACUGGCAGGCUCCCACAAUACUGCUUGUGUCUGGUACGAGGAUUCCUGACAAACCAGAAGGUGGACAGGAAGUGUCCUUUGCCGAUUCGUUGCCUCCAAAGAGAUUUGGUAACGGAAGCAAAGGGGAACGCCUGACAUUUGGUAUCUAUGUCCGAGAACCCUGGAAGCAUACACACCGCGAAUGCUUUGGCGACUCGGAAACGGUUCUCUUCCAACUAGAGCCGGUCCACGAUGUUUUCACCGCAUCAACAUUGAAUACUGAUUACGUUACCUUUACAAAACCUCCUAGCAGGCAGCCCUGCAUUGCAUUUGGCUGCCCACACCCGAAACCAACACAGUCGAACCGCCGCGAUGGCGUCUUUUCUCUGGGCGCAGUCUCACUGCUUAUCAACGACUCGUUUGAGUACGCAGUAUUCAAUCACAACUACACCUCUCGUGGUGGAGCAUUCCGCACCAGUACCAUCCGGCAGCACGAUUUUCAGGACCGCUUUCAGAUUGAACAGCUCGAGGUGUGGGGAUGUGGUGGUGAUAAAGAAGCUCAGGCGCAAGCCGAACGAUGGGCCUGGGAGGCUCGUGAAGCUGAGGCCAGACGAAGAAUCAAUCUCGGCACGGGCGAUAAAGAGGCCGACAGACAGCUAUUGGAAAUGGCUGGUCUUAUUGGGGCGAACCGAAGCGGCGGCUCCAUGGCCUAACGGACUAAUGGCACCAGGACAAAAAGAAUA